AGGCGGCAUUUAAAUUAUUUAGUUGCUAUUUAGUUGUGAGCAGAAUAUUUCGACUUUUCCAAAUUUUAUAUUCAAAGAAAAUUGCAAGAUGGCCGGCAAAAAUAAAACUGUUGCAGCUGCGCCUCUACUGCAGUUUAGCACUGCAGCUGGCACGCCCGAGACCAAACGCAAAAUGUUGCUGUAUCGCCAGCUGCUGCGGCAGGAGCUGGGCAAGGAGCUGAGAAAGGAGCUGCAUCUGCUUGGACCCAAGCCCAAGAAACCUGCCAGCAAAGUCAGAGCGCUGCCGAAACCAAAAAGCGCGGCCUUAUAAUUUGUUUAUACUUUAUGUUAAAUUUAACAAUUUUUGCAAUAAAAAAUUGCCAGCAAUUGAUUUUAA